AUGUUGCCUGUGACCUUUAUCGUUCUUCUAGCCCUGAGCGGAGUUCAUGCUCUGGGGCGCAUGCAGAGUACUGCCGUCAGGGCCUCUCUGAGUUGUGAUGGAAAUCCAGCUUCUGGAGUGGUAGGUCUUUUCGGAGCUGAUUUUUGAUCCUUGUAGAUGGUAAGACUCUAUGAUGAAGACAGAACUGAUAUGGAUGAUCUUAUGAAAGAGGGAUUAACUGACGCCCAUGGCAAGUUCCAAUUGAUCGGACAUGAGACCGAGAUCACCAAGAUUGAUCCCAAAGUGAACAUGUAAGUUUAACUCUGAAUACAAUAUAGAUUUGUAGUUACCACACUUGUGGACACACGGGUCCCUGCAAAAGAAAGCUGACCAUCUACAUUCCCGACAAUUACAUCAGCGAGGGUGAGACCCCUGGGAAGAUGUUUGACAUUGGCCACAUCAAUUUAAACGCCCGAUUUGCCGGCGAAUCUACAGAUUGUAUCCAUUAG